AUGGCUGAAUGGAAAGAAGUUAGCGCGAAUCGCUCCUUCAACGGAACACAGUACACUUUCAGCUUCAAAAGGUAGGAUUUUUGUUUCUAAAGACAGGCUUUUAUUUUCUGAAACUUGAUAUAAGUCUGUUCUUGCUUUUUUUUGAUUUUUAGGAUCUGUAUGGAAAAGAAUUGUCAAAAAUUAAGUAUUUUAGUAAGGAGCUGAAGACUGUUACUCCGAUCGGCGUUUACGUUCCGGAUAAUGAAGCCAAUGAGAAGCUGCCGGUUUUGUUCUACUUGUCAGGUCAGUUUACGCGCCAAUUUUUAGCGCUAAUCAUGUGAUAACCUUGAUUUUGCACUGUUUGAUUGAUUAUCACGGAUAACAUCGAAUAAUAUGUAUAACUUUAGGAAAAACAUGGAAUUUGCGCUAAAUUUAGUGGGUUUUGAAGUGAAAAUUAAAGUUUUAUAAAUUGGUUUCAGAAUAAGUAUGUUUAAAGCUUAAAACUUUAAAGUAUGUUAUAUUGACGUAUUAUAAUCAAUAUUAUUUCAGGCCUAACCUGUACCGAGAAGAAUUUUGUCGAAAAAGCAGGAACACAACGUUUGGCUUCUCAACAUCGUGUUAUCGUGGUAAAUCCGGACACAUCGCCUCGUGGAUGUAACAUUGAAGGUGAUAAGGAUAGCUAUGAUUUCGGAGAAGGUGCUGGUUUCUACCUGGACGCUACUGUUCCAAAAUGGGCUGAAAACUACAGAAUGUACAGUUAUAUCGUCAAGGAGUUGGUUCCGUUGAUUUCUGAGAAAUUUCCAGUCGAUGAGAAGAAACGGUCGAUCUUUGGACACAGUAUGGGAGGUCAUGGUAUGUUAGGGUUUAUAUUUCUGAGUUUUUGAUAUUUGGGACAAUUCAAAAAGGAAUUCGUGUAGUAUAACGAACUAUGUCAAAGUUUAUAAGCGAUUUUUACCAAAUAUGUAUUGUUAGCGUUUUAUUAAUGAUAAAGCUGUAAAACCUUAAUUUAGGAGCCCUAACCAUUGGCUUGAAGAACCCUGAUCUUUUUGUCUCAAUCUCCGCUUUCUCUGCCAUUUGUAACCCAACUCAAGGACCAUGGGGACAAAAAGCUUUCAACGGAUACCUAGGGGAAGAUAAAUCUCAAUAUAACCAGUACGAUGCCACAGAAUUGGCCAAAUCUUACUCUGGACCCAAGAAGAAUAUACUGUUGGAUCAAGGAACGGCCGAUAACUUUUACAAACAACAACAACUCUUGCCUGAAAACUUGGUCGAUGUUAAGAAUGAAAAGUUGAACGUUGAACUGAGAAAACGCGAUGGAUAUGAUCAUUCCUACUUUUAUAUUGCUUCAUUCAUUCAAGAACACUUCGAGUUCCACAAGGCUAACUGGAAUUGA